CCACUUUCAUCAUCUCCUCUUCUUCCAUUCUCUCUCUCUUUCUCUCUUUCUUUCUCUAACUCAGUGAGUAGGAAUCGAAUCCUUCCUGUUUGGCUAGGAACCAACUUUGGUUGUGAUCAGUUUGGAAAGAUUUAAUGCCGGAGGAAAUGAGCCUUUCAGUGAAUGGACAGUCUCGGGUGCCUCCUGGUUUCCGAUUUCACCCAACGGAAGAGGAGCUCCUUCAUUACUACUUGAGAAAGAAGGUUGCUUAUGAGAAGAUCGAUUUGGACGUCAUUCGGGAUGUCGACCUUAACAAGCUCGAGCCUUGGGAUAUACAAGAGAAGUGCAAAAUUGGAUCCACUCCUCAAAAUGAUUGGUACUUCUUCAGCCACAAAGAUAAGAAGUACCCUACCGGAACCAGAACCAAUCGAGCAACGGCGGCCGGAUUCUGGAAAGCUACAGGUCGUGAUAAGGUCAUUUACAACAACUUCAAGCGUAUUGGAAUGCGUAAGACGCUUGUCUUCUAUGAAGGUCGUGCCCCUCACGGCCAGAAAUCCGACUGGAUCAUGCAUGAGUAUAGGCUCGAUGACCACCAAUCCUCCUCUUCUUCUGAUCCUAACGCACUAAAUUCAAUGGGAGAAGGGGCACAAGAAGAGGGGUGGGUGGUUUGCCGUGUGUUCAAGAAGAAGAAUCAUCACAAGGCUAUAAGCAGCCCUAAAAGCUCAGCCAUCACCAUAGAUGCAAAGGCCCAGAUGUUCAAUCCAAGCAAUGAUGGAGCCUUGGACCAGAUUCUUCAGUACAUGGGAAGGAGUUGCAAGCAAGAGAAUGAAAUUACAAGCAUCAAUAAUAAUGGUCUCAACAUCCACAUCACAACCUCCACCACCAGCAAUAACAACAACUUGAGGUUCCUCAGACCGAUCCACGACAGAUUCAUGCAACUUCCAGCACUGGAGAGCCCAACGCUCACUUCACUUCCAAACGAUCGGAGUCAGGACUCUGGCAGUCAAGUUUGUUACCCACCAAUCGAUGAUGGUCAGGUGUUGCCAGACACCGACCUUGGAGGAGGAGGAGGAGGAGGUACAGGGCAUCUCAUCAACCCGGUUUACCACUCAGAACCGGGACUGAGUGACUGGGCAGCUCUGGAUCGGUUAGUUGCUUCCCACCUUAAUGGCCAAGUAGAGACUUGCAAGCACCUGGCUUGCUUUAACGAACCCACCAUGACCUUCUCUUCACCAGCACCUCCACUCCCUCAUGAUGAUGAUCAAGAUGAUCUUCCAUUGCCACAACAGCUAAUUCGCUCCUCCACCUCCACCUUCAACAGAUCAUAUCAUAACACCCAUGACUACAAUAGUGAAAUUGAUCUAUGGAACUUCACAAGAUCAUCAUCAUCCUCAUCCGACCCACUUUGCCACGUGUCCAAUGCUUCUCUAUAACAGAUUUCCCAAAGUCAAUACUAGUUAAAUGUUGUAUAAUAUACUAUAUAUAUAUAUAUAGAGAGAGAGAGAGAGAGAGAGAGAGUGAAAGACAGAGAUGAAGGACAGAGAGAGGUGUAGGGUUGAAUGUAUGAGAUUAGUAUUUUGCGAAUUAAAUAAAUAAAUAAUAUAAUAUGAAUUCCAAGUUGGUGUGGCA